AUGGGUCUCUUCGCAACUAUUCUCGACUCGUUCUGCGAGCAUUGCUCCGACCAGUCCAUCUACACACUCGUGGCGGUUGGCGCAUUGUCUUUCAUUGCCCUCUCCGUCGUGGUUAAUGUCCUGCGUCAAUUGCUGUUCAAGAACCCUCAUGAGCCCCCUGUUGUUUUCCAUUGGUUCCCCCUCGUUGGAAGCACCAUCAGCUAUGGCAUGGAACCUUACAGUUUCUUCCAGUCAUGUCGCGCAAAGUAUGGCGAUAUCUUUACUUUUGUCCUCCUUGGCAAGAAGACCACUGUCUACUUGGGUACCAAGGGCAACGACUUCAUUCUGAACGGAAAACUGCGCGAUGUUUGCGCCGAGGAGGUCUACUCGCCACUCACCACCCCCGUUUUUGGCCAUGAUGUUGUCUACGAUUGUCCCAACGCGAAGCUGAUGGAACAGAAGAAGUUCGUGAAAUUCGGUCUCACUUCCGACGCGCUUCGCUCCUACGUUACCCUGAUCACCAACGAGGUCAACGAUUUCGUCAAGAGCUCUCCCGCAUUCCAGGACGAUAAGGGAACAUUCGAUGUCUCGAAGAUUAUCUCGGAAAUCACCAUCUACACUGCGUCGCGCUCCCUCCAAGGAAAGGAGGUUCGCGACCGCUUCAACUCCACUUUCGCCGAAAUGUACCACGACCUGGAUAUGGGAUUCGCCCCCAUUAACUUCAUGCUGCCCUGGGCCCCGCUUCCUCACAACCGCCGCCGUGACGCUGCGCAGCGCAAGCUGACCGAGACCUACAUUGACAUUAUCCGCAAGCGUCGCGAAGAGGGUGGCAAGAAGGACUCUGAGGAUAUGGUUUGGAACCUGAUGUCCUGCACCUACAAGAACGGCACCCCGAUCCCUGACAAGGAGAUUGCUCACAUGAUGAUUGCCCUCCUGAUGGCUGGACAGCACUCUUCUUCUUCGACCGCCGCCUGGAUUGUCCUGCGUCUUGCAACCUGCCCCGAGAUCACCGAGGAGUUGUACCAGGAGCAAGUCAGUGUCCUUGGCGACGAGCCUUUGACCUGGGAGAACCUGCAGAAGCUGGAUCUCCACUCCAAGGUUAUUAAGGAGACUCUCCGCAUCCACGCCCCGAUUCACUCUAUCAUGCGCGCCGUUAAGAACCCCAUGCCUAUUGAGGGAACUCCCUACGUGAUCCCGACCACUCACAAUGUCCUCUCUUCUCCUGGUGUCUCUGCACGAUCAGAGGAGUUCUUCCCCGAGCCUCUGAACUGGAAGCCUCACCGUUGGGACGAGGCCCCUGUUGAAAAGGACGAGGAGGACGAGGAGAAGAUUGAUUAUGGGUAUGGUCUUGUCACUAAGGGUACUAACAGCCCUUACCUUCCAUUUGGUGCUGGACGCCAUCGCUGCAUUGGUGAGCAGUUCGCCUAUGUGCAGCUGGGCACGAUUCUCGUGGCCCUGGUGAAGCAGUUCAAGUUCACCAGUACUCCUGGCAACAACGGUAUUCCGGAGACUGAUUAUUCGUCCCUAUUCUCCAAGCCUCUUGGCAAGUCCUUCGUGCAAUAUGAGAAGCGCGGAACAAAGGCAUAA